GAGCCACGGGCUCGGAGAAGGGCAGAGGCCGAUGCACCACUGUCAGCUAGCAUCAUCAACCAGCUCCCCCACCUCCUUGGGAUGAACUGAUGAAGGUUUACCCACAAGCGGGAGCCCAACCCACAGCGGCUCUCACGCUCCGCCUGUGCAGCACAACAGUCCCAUUAAAGCGCCGCUGGCUGGCCGACCGGGGUGAGACGCAUCCGGCUGUCGGGCCCCACUUCCUCCCUCCGAUAGCCCAGGGUGACCUGUCUGCCAAGGGUGUAUGGGGGAAGGGGACGUAGAGACUCAAACUUGAACAAAUAAAUAAGUUCUGGGAACACCUCCUUCUGCUCAGUGGAAAUUCAGGGGCCGCUCGACACACCUAUCACCUCCCCCCAAACCUCGGGAUGUUGAUCCAGAUAGAGGAGGGUAGGAAGAGGUUCAGUAUAACGUUUGCGAACAGGAACCAAGGGGGUGGGGUUCAGGGGAAGGGUCUUCAACCCUACACCUGGUCUCCUGCUGAGACAAGAGCUCCCAGCCAUCGAGGACAGGGGCGCAUUUCUGGGCGGGAGUAGGUUAAAUCAGUGGCUUCGAUUCUCCACGUAGUAGCUGGCUCCGCUGCCAACUGCGGUCAAGGCUGCCCUAUAAAUGGGCCGGGAGACCCGAGAGUCGAGGACUUGUCGCUGCCUUAGCCCCCAGCCCUGGCUCAAGGCGUCCCAACCAUGGCCCGCGUGCUCCUAUUCAGUCUGGUCUUUCUUGCCAUCUUCCUGACUGCCCUGGCUGCCUGCCCCCAAAACUGCCACUGCCAUGGAGACCUGCAGCAUGUCAUCUGUGACAAGGUGGGGCUGCAGAAGAUCCCCAAGGUAUCAGAGACGACCAAACUGCUCAAUCUCCAGCGCAACAACUUCCCGGUGCUGGCUGCCAACUCCUUUCGGACCAUGCCGAACCUGGUGUCGCUGCACCUGCAACACUGCAACAUCCGCGAGGUGGCAGCUGGUGCCUUCCGAGGCCUAAAGCAGCUUAUCUACCUGUACCUGUCCCACAAUGACAUCCGGGUGUUGCGAGCCGGAGCCUUCGAUGACCUGACUGAACUCACUUACCUCUAUCUAGACCACAACAAAGUGUCGGAACUGCCCCGGGGGCUGCUCUCCCCACUGGUCAACCUCUUCAUCCUGCAGCUCAACAACAACAAAAUCCGAGAGCUGCGUGCUGGAGCCUUCCAGGGCGCCAAGGACCUGCGCUGGCUCUACCUGUCAGAAAAUGCCCUCAGUUCCCUGCAGCCUGGUUCCCUGGAUGAUGUGGAGAACCUAGCCAAGUUCCACCUGGACAAGAACCAGCUGUCUAGCUACCCCUCGGCUGCCCUGAGCAAACUCCGGGUGGUAGAGGAGCUAAAGCUCUCCCACAACCCUCUGAAGAGCAUCCCAGACAACGCCUUCCAGUCCUUUGGCAGGUAUCUGGAAACCCUCUGGCUGGAUAACACUAACCUGGAGAAGGUCUCAGAUGCUGCCUUCUCCGGUGUGACCACACUGAAACAUGUCCAUCUGGAGAACAAUCGCCUGAGCCAAUUGCCCUCCGCCUUCCCCUUUGACAACCUGGAGACCCUCACUCUCACCAACAACCCAUGGAAAUGCACCUGCCAGCUCCGUGGCCUUCGGCGAUGGUUGGAAGCCAAGACUUCUCGACCGGAUGCUACCUGCUCAUCACCAGCCAAGUUCAAGGGUCAGCGUAUUCGUGACACAGAUGCCCUCCGCAGCUGCAAAUCCCCGACCAAGAGGUCCAAGAAAGCCGGCCGCCAUUAAACAGGUCCUGAUCCAGCCAGUCCUGGUGACUGCCUUCCGCUGGAGAGACUACUGACGUUCUCCCCUAUCAUCCACACCUUCUCUCACAGCCUCUGCAGAUGCUCAGAGCUGCUCCUCACCUAGGUACAUCCUGGCAGGGGACACUGGGCUCUCUAUCACCACCCCAGCUCCACCCAGUGUGGUCCUAGGGAGGACACAGAACCCCUCCCCAACCACUGUGCCUGGGCUCUGCCAUGGCUCCUCUCAGAGAAGCUAUUGUAGAACCACCUACCCUCUGUCCAUUGGAGCUAAAAUGCAGUGGUCAUCGGGAUGACCACAUUCUUACCACCGUCCUCAGUUCCCUCCUUCCCUGCCAUUUGGAAACAAACAUCAAGCCCUUGACCCACCCUGAUUGCCAGAAAGAAUUUCAGGCCCAUGUCCCAACUCUGUCAGUCCCUGCCUGCCAGAACAUGCUAACAGGAUACCAGUAGUGCUUGGCUGCACAUCCCUUCCACGCCUCAUUUCCACCCCAGAUUUCUACAAACAUAAAUGUAUGUGUGUACAACAUUCA